GGAGCCAAAUCGGAGUCGCAGCAGUCAUCGUUAGGAACCACGCACGGACAACUACUAUUGAAGCACUGUUCUGCAGACAGUUCUUCGCUAUUUUCUUUUUUGUUUCCUCGUUUCCAUCAUGGGUUUUAUAGUGAAGUUUAUAACGUGGUUUCUGACUCUGAUCUUCUUUCUGACGGUACGAGCUGAACAUGACAAUAAUGCUGUUCAAGGGUCAGAGGUCAUCACAGUAUCUGAAGGUGGUGACGUCAUCUUACCGUGUUCCCUCAGCACCAAGGAGAGUGUUAAGCGAAAACUCUUUGUCUGGAGGAAAGAUGGACAGAAGAAGAAUGUGUUCAUCUACGAUGCUGGUCUUCAUCACGGUAACGGCCUCUCAGGUCAAGAUGAUCAGUUCAGAGGAAGAGUCUCACAUUUUCCUGAACAGAUGAGGUUUGGUAACGCCUCCAUCAGGAUUAUUAACACAACGACCACAGACACUGGAGACUACACCUGUGACUUUCCACAACGUAAUGGAGGACUGACAUUCAACAUGACACUUGUUGUUGUUCCCAAACCCAUCGUCACGAUGUCUAAGGUGACAGAUUCUGGGGUCCAGCUGAAGUGUGAGGUUCAAGGAGCUUUUCCAAAGCCAGAGCUACGGUGGCAGAACUGUGAUGGAAACAUCCUUGAUGCUGAGGAGGCUGAGAUCUCAGAGAGAGACGGUCGCUACCACAUCACCCUCCAAACUACUGUGACCUCCACCACAACCACCUGCUUCCAGUGUGUGGUCCAACAGAAGGACCUGAACCAUGAGACUGGUUCUACCAUCACUGUGCCUGAGAAACUGUUUGUGGACCCGUGUGGAAAAGUGACCAUUGAAGGGUUGAUGGCUGGAAUAGUGGUGGGAGCUGGACUUCUGGUUCUGGUUCUGGUUCUGCUUGUGUUCUUUCAGUUCAUCACAGUACGUCGUGUUAGAGCAGGAACUCAGAAGACAGACGGUGACAAUGAGACCAAUGAGCCCCUCAAGUCUGAACAUAUCACAGUAUGAUUCACUACAACAUCAUGUUUUCAUUGAUCUUCAGCUUCACUACGAUCAGAAUCACUGUCACUGUGUGACUGAGCUGAAUCUUCCUGUAAACACUUGACCACAAUCAGCUUUAAUUAACUGCACUUUACCUUUAAUGCUGCUAUGUGUUAUGUUACUGUAUUAAGCAAUAAUGAAUAAAGGACAGUUUUUGUGUAUAUUGAUGCCAAAUCAGUGUUUGAAAGGAAGCACUGAAACCUGAAGC